ACAUUGCUUUAUACUCGCCGACAUUGCAUUAAAUUUUUGUUGAUUUUUUAUAACGUUUUCGCGACAAUUUUGCAUUCUCUGAUGAAAUAUAUGUUGAAUUUAAUUCACAAUUACGAUCCUGAAGCUGUUGCUAUUGAAUUAAGUUUUUCAUUUUUACUCGGUCUCCCCUUCAAACUAUAAAUAGAAUCGAACAUUGUUUUCGGACUUCUAAAAAAAAGGGUUAAAUGACAGUUUUCUGGAAAUCAUUUUCCAGUAUGUAUAUCUGUUAACAACGCUGGUUAAAUCUUAGUCUUUCUGGUGGUAUAUCUAUACAAAUUUACAAAGGACAGCAGAACCGUUAAAUCUUAUUGAAGCUAUUGAUUUUUAGUGAAACAUCCAAAAAAAUCUUACACGAGAGUGCUUUCUUUAAGCAGGGCAGUUUAAUUGCGAGUGAAGCGAUAGAUUAGUGGAGAGAAUCUGCAAAUUUAACACAGGCAGAUAUUCAUGGAGAUAGUUUAAAUACUUGUUAAGAUACAGGUUUCUGAUGAAAUUUCUGCAAAAUUUAGCAGAGGAGGACAAUAUAGGAAAAUAAUUGUCGAAGCAUUUGGGUUCGGCUAUAUAGAUUUGUGGCAGAAAUGCUAUACUGGAUCGAAAAAUGUCAAUUCGCCUGCCUUUACAAUAAACAUCGAGUUGAUUGGGUGGCGUUGCCUUCUAUGGACUGAAUGAAUUAAGCGUCUCUUUAGGUUGAUGAUGUAACUCCGCUCCUGAAAAACCUGUACCGUGCAUAAGGUCCUGAAUAUUUUUAAACUCAAUGAUUUGUAGAGCUUAACCUGUGUAUCGCUUCUUAUAAUGGCUCAGCUGCACCCAAUAUUUGGAGACCAAGAAACGGCAGACGUAAUACUAAAACUCAUACCCUCAGAGGGGCCAGAACUAUCUCCUCUGUAUCUCCAUUCCCAAGCUCUUCGAAAGUCUGAGUUCUUUGAAGCUAGGCUAUCAGAACGCUGGUCACUUGCUGAUGGUGUAAGGCCCAUAGAACUUACAUUGAGCGAUUGCCAAAAUGUCGAUGGUUAUGUAAAAUGCAUUCAGAUGAUGUAUUCUUUGGAGAGAUUUACCUUCUCCAGUGUCCAGGAGGCCUUGUCACUACUACAAAUUGCUUCAGAAUUGCUGUUCACAGACUGUUUAAAUUCAUGCAUGCAAUACCUGGAAGCUGUGCCAUGGAGUGCAGAGAAUGAACAUCAAAUUCGAGCCUCUAUUAUGUCAUUGCAAUUGCAUUUGUCCCCUGACUUAGCUGUUCGUCUUUCCACCUCUGGAUGUGUUCAGGACUUCAACCCUCUCAAUACCAUGGGAGAAAUUUUAAGUGAACUGUUGUCUUUAGUAUCAAAUGGAGCAUCAUCCAAGGCCCGUGAGAUUACAAAGAGAGUUCUGCACGACAAUAUGCAGAUAACCACCUCUCCAACAUUUGCAGAUGUGAAUAAAUCAGCUCUCUUCAGGGAGCUUCAGAAUAAUCUAGAUAUUGUCAAAUCACAACUCUGCAAAUUUGCCAACUACUUUUCAUGGAAUUCUUAUCAGAUUAGCAUUGCAAGUUCUGCUCUCUGUUGGCUUUUGGAUGAAAUGUUUGCAUUGGAGAUAGCUGACAUGGCUGUGAAAAUGAUUGCUGAAGAACAAGAACUUGCACAGCUGGUCGUUAGUCGAAUUUAUCAGAAUCCCUUCACAGAGACCUUAUUCAAAAUUCUAGUUCGACUACUUCGGGCUCUGCAGAUUGGUCAAGUGAUUUGUCAAAGAUCUGUCCGUCUUUCUCUGGUUAAAACUUGGCUACCUGUGAUAGCCAAGCUCACUCAUGAUGACGAGUAUCUGAUAAAGGACAAUGAACUGCACAACAGUCUGGAGGAAGGGAUGAGUUCUCUUGUUACUACUCUUCCUAUGGCAGAUCAAGAACAGAUCUUUAAAAUUUGGAUAAGUUCUUGCCUUAGAUCUAAGAAAGCAUGGCCUGAUUUGAGCACAGCUUUUGACAUGUGGUGCAAUAAACUCCGACAAGCGCAGUGUGAGAUUGAUCUGGGACCUUCGUUGCACUUGUCUGAGGCCAGUGACCCACAUAGUAUCAUUUGCUCUUCAAAGAACCAUACUUAUCCUUAAAAUUGAAGUUUCAAUAAUUGGAAGCCAUACACUUUUCGGUAAGUGUAUUUAUAUGUUAUGUAUCUAUUAUCCAUAACACCAUGACUAGCAAUGCUAGAUCAGAUCUGUGUUAUAGUUGAAUCUAUCUCGUCAUAUGGGCUUAGUGUAGUGUCAUGAGAGGUGAGUAAGAUAAAAGAAAAUGUGGUAUAUAAGCUAAUGUAGAGUAUAAUAUUGUGAUAAAAUAUGUAUAAUUUCAGUGCUCUAGCAGUCAAGUUCUUAGUAGGGUUGCAUAGUGAAUCCUUUUGCUGAUAACUAUCAAGAGUGUCAAUGUGAACCUGAUGUAAUAGAGUUUGCUGUGUGGAAAGAAAUUGAAUGCCUAGUAAGUGAAGUUAUUUUUUAA